CUCCUACCAUCAGCAAAUAAUUUGGAAUUUUAAUUUGGUAAAAAUGGUACCCCACCUUAUUCCACCCUCCCCCCUCCUAAAGGCAACAGCUGAGCAAAAUUAAAGUCAUUCCCCUUUCUCUCUGCUCCCAAAAACAGAGAGAAAAAAACAGGGAAAAAAUUAAUAAAAAUCCAAUCUUAUUCACAAAAACCACAAAAAAAUAAAGAAAAUCCACAAUCCCCAUGAAUUCUUGAAUUUUAUAAAACCCAGUUCUUCAAUUUUCUUUCUUUCUCCAAAAAGAUUGGUUCCUGAUGGGUUAUCUCUCUUGCAAAGCUGAAUCAUCCAUUGAAGUUUCAAAUUCCCAGAAAAACCCAUCUUCCAACAGACAAAAACAAGUAAUCCCAGAUAAAAAUUCCCAUGAAAAACCCAUCAAAAUCACAGAAUUUAAGUACAGUGAUCUUGUAGCAGCUACCAAUAAUUUUUCAGACCAGAAACUUCUAGGUAGAGGAAGCCAUGGCCUUGUUUAUAAAGCUCUUCUUCCUUCUGGUCGUCUUUUUGCUGUCAAGAAACCUUCUAGAAGACCCCAACAAUCUUCUUCAUCAUCAUUUAAUGAUGAAUUUGAUAAUGAAAUCAACAUUUUGUCGAAUAUUCAUAACCCCAGGUUUGUAAAUUUAGUGGGUUUUACUGCAAUUAAUAAUAAUGUUAAUGAAGCUUCUAGAUUACUUGUUGUUGAAUUUAUGUGUAAUGGUACUUUAUAUGAUUAUUUGCACAAGAAUUCAAAGGUACCCAAUUGGGGUCGUAGGAUUAAAUUAGCAUUGCAAAUUGCAAAAGCUGUUGAAACCCUACAUUCACAAUUUCCACCUGUGAUUCAUAGAGAUAUAAAGUCUGCAAAUGUGUUGCUUGAUAGAAAUUAUAAUGCUAGAUUAGGGGAUUUUGGACUUGCAUUGAGGUGUAAUGUAGACGAUUUUCGACUCCGGUCCACACCCCCGGCCGGAACAAUUGGGUAUUUGGAUCCAUGUUAUGUGACUCCUGAUAAUUUGAGUACAAAAACUGAUGUAUUUAGUUUUGGAAUAUUGUUGUUGGAGAUUAUAAGUGGUAGAAAAGCUAUUGAUAUUGGGUAUUCACCACCCUCAGUAGUGGAUUGGGCUAUCCCUUUGGUAAGAAAGGGGAAGCUUUUAGCUAUUUAUGAUCCUAAGAUCCCUCCUCCAAAGGAUCAGAUGGUUAGGAAGCAAUUGGCUGUGAUUGCGGCAAAAUGUGUGAGGUCUAAUAGGGAGAGGAGGCCGUCGAUGAGGGAGGUUGUUGAGGCGCUUGAUAGAUUGAGCAAGUUGGUACCUUUGCAUUCGUGGAACGGGUUGGUUAAUCCGUGCUUGAUGGUGGAGAAUGUAGGGCAACCUGUUGGGUUGACAAAUGGGAAUUUGAGUUCAAGGUUUAGGGGAUUGGAGUGUGGGAAUUUGGUUGAUGUGGAUGGUAAAUUUGCAAAGCCAUUGAAGAAUCCGAGGAGGGUUUACUCGGAUUUGGGGAUCAGGAACAAUUUGUUGGAUUUGUUGGCAGAACCUGACUUGGAUUCUGAAUAUGGAGAGGAUGUGAAUAAGCAACAACAGCAGACACCUAAACAUAGUUCAAGUUUAAGAUUUGGAAGCGAAAGAUAUAGUGACAUGGGACGGAAUUCUUCUCUUGUUCGUUACAAUGAUGGUGGAAGUCUUUCUCAAUUGCGGAGGAGUAUAAGGGACAAUAAAAGAUUAUGAAUUGGUCAGUGAGAUGGAUUGGUAUGUUUUCUCCACCAAGUUAAUGAGAUUCAGUGAUUGAACUACAUCUAUCUCGGAUGUCUUUCAUCAUUAAACUCGAGUAUAAGCUUGUAUUCUUGUAUUGCAUGUUGCUGUUGUAGAUUAAUCUUGUGUUCUUUGUGUAUGUUUCCAUCAGCUGUUAAUUUGUUCAUUACUUCAUUGUUUUCUGAGGCAGCCUGUUCAUUGAAAUGUUGAUAGAUUUAUUUGCUCAAAAUUUAGUUUUGGGAUACAAUGUGGAAAAUGUCCCCUCCGAGUGUCCAUGGCGAGCUGUUGUAUAGUCUAUUGCAUGAUUUGCUCGAUUGAACAUUGGCUAGAUGAUGUAGAGUGCGACUAUUGUAAUCAGUGUUUGUAGCAUGUAAUCAGUUUAUCAUUUCCCCUUAAAUACAUAGAAAUUGAAAUUUGAAACAUC